AGCAUGCAGCUCCUUGCCCUGAGGCCUUGGGCUCCCCUUCUUCUCACUGACCUGACGUUACUGUGGCUAUUACAGCUACUGGAAGGAGUCGUUUUCCUUCCAGGGCACUCUGGGCUUUGGCUGGAGGGGGCUUUUCGGAUGGGGGUGCUGUGGGAGAUUCUAAGUUUUUGGGGGGAUCUUGGGAAGAUCAGGGAACUACUGCCUAUGUUGUGUCUGAGCACCCCCCUUUUCCUAUCCCUGAGGACGCUGGUUCCAGGGGCCCUGAGUGCUCCACCUGUGCUCCUGGCCUCAGCCCCACGGGCCUGGUUGCUGGUGGCUUAUGGAGGGGCAGGCUUGGGCUGGGCUGUGUGGAAGGUGCUGAGCCCCUCAGAAGCCCCUCCCUCAGCCCAGGAGAAGGAGCAAGGCCAGGAGAAGAAAGCCAUGAUGUGGAGGCUGCUGAGACUGUCCUGGCCUGACUUCCCCUUCCUUCUUGCUGCUUUCCUCUUCUUGACUGCUGGAGUCAUAGGUGAGAUGUUCAUCCCCCACUAUACUGGUCGUGUGAUUGACAUCCUGGGCCAGGACUCUAACCCUGAUGCUUUUGUCACUGCCAUCUUCUUCAUGUGCCUCUUCUCCCUUGGAAGCUCAUUUUCUUCAGGCUGUCGAGGAGGCUUCUUCACCAUCAUCCUCUCCCGAAUCAAACUGCGCAUUCGGCAUCUUCUCUUUUCUUCUCUUUUACACCAAGAUCUCACCUUCUUCCAGGAGACCAAGACAGGGGAGUUAAGCUCACGCCUGAACUCUGACACCAUCCUGAUGAGUCGCUGGCUCCCUCUCAAUACCAAUGUGUUCAUUCGGAACUUGGUGAAGAUCAUAGGGCUAUACAGCUUCAUGGUCAGCCUUUCGCCUAGGCUUACCCUCUUCUCUUUGCUUGAGGUACCCCUCUUAGUUGCUGCUGAGAAGGUCUACAAUGCCCGAAAUCAGGCAGUGCUCUGUCAAAUUCAAGAUUCAGUGGCAGAGGCUAGACAGGUGGUGCGGGAGGCUGUGGGAAGUUUAAGAACUGUACGGAGUUUUGGGGCAGAGGAGGAUGAGGCUCAACGCUAUGAGAAAGUCCUAGAACAUGGCCGGAAACUACGGUGGCGCCAGAACAGAGAAUAUGGCGUGUAUCUACUCAUCAAGCGGGGUCUUCAACUAGCAAUGUGGGUAUUGAUGUUGGACUGUGGGCUGAGGCAGAUCCUUGCAGGAAAGCUCACCAGGGGUGGCCUCCUCUCCUUUCUGCUCUAUCAAGAGCAUGUUGGGAGACUUCUGAAGAUCAUGGUGUGUAUGUAUGGAGACAUGGUGAGCCAAGUCGGGGCUGCAGAGAAAGUGUUCCAGUACCUAGACCGUGUGCCACAGAUGCCCCCACCUGGAAUGCUGGCUCCUUCUAUUUUGCAUGGUCUUGUGGAAUUCCGAGAUGUCUCUUUUGCCUAUCCCAGUAACCUCAAACGCUUUGUUCUCAAGGGAGUGACAUUCACUCUGCAUCCUGGGAAGGUGACAGCCUUAGUAGGCCCCAAUGGGGCUGGGAAGAGCUCAGUGGCUGCACUGCUGCAGAAUCUCUACCAGCCCACAAAAGGCCAGUUGCUGCUGGAUGGAGAGCCCCUGCCCCAGUACCAGCACCAGUACCUGCACUCACAGGUGUCUGUGGUUGAGCAGGAGCCUGUGCUGUUCUCAGGGUCAGUAAGGGACAACAUUGCCUAUGGGCUGGAGAGCUGUGGAGAUGGUGAGGUGAUGGCUGCUGCCCGGGCAGCUGGUGCUGAUGGAUUUAUUGCUAAUAUGGAGCAUGGCCUGGACACAGCUGUUGGAGAAAAGGGGAGUCAGCUGUCUGCAGGACAGAAGCAGUGUGUGGCCCUUGCUCGGGCUCUGGUGCGGAAUCCCCGAGUCCUCAUCCUGGACGAGGCCACCAGCGCCCUGGAUGUGGAAUGUGAGCAGGCGCUUCAAAAGUGUAUGCUGCAGAGGGGCCGGACAGUGCUGGUCAUUGCACAUCGUCUGCAGACAGUGCAGGCUGCUGACCACAUCCUGGUGCUGGAGCAGGGGAAGCUGGUGGAACAGGGGACUCACUCUCAGCUCAUGGCCCAGCAAGGCCUCUAUUACCACCUGGUACAGCAGUAG